AUGGCUUCGAUAUCUUCUAAAGGACAGAAGAAACUCAUUUCCGCAAAAUAUAGUCUUGCUCUAUUUUAUAAUAUCGAGUCGUCAUACUACAAGAAUCUAAAAAAGUUAUUAGAGGAUCUAUUUGCUUCUAGUGAUGGAGAAUCUCAUCCUAUUCAUUGUUACUCUGCUGAUGACCUCAUCAGGGCAACAAACAACUUCAGUCCUUCUCGCAUUGUAAAACAGAUGAGCAACCAUGAGAAUGUUUUGAAACUCUUGGGUUGCUGCUUAGAGUUCCUAUACCAGUGUUGGUGCAGGAAUACGCAGCAAAAAGAGUUCUCAACUCUGAUGGAAGACUUCUCGCUCUCUAUAACCAUUCCUCCUUCUGUUUCAGAUGUUGAAGAUGCUGUGGGAGGGACACCUGGGUACCUUGACCCUUCCUGCAUGCGAUCUGGUCGCAUUUCAGAAAAAACUGAUGUUUACAACUUUGGUGUUCUUUUACUUGUAUUCCUGACGGGACGAAAAGCUCUGGAAUUUAAUCAGGCGGGAGAAUAUGAAACUAUGAUUUCAUAUGUUCUUGAAUUGUUGAGAAAAAUUUAG